CAGCCAACUAACUACCAAGCUGGUGACUGCUGGUCAGCCAUCCUCGCGAGACCGCACUCGCGUGUUUUUUCAUCGUCGCGUCAGCGAUGAUCCCCUGAGACUUGUCAAUGAAUGCCGAUCCGUCCGCUUUGUAGUUGAAUGCGGCGGCAACAGUAAUGAAGCACAUGCGCCUGAGACAUACCACUUUCUUGCCGGCCGUUAGCCGGCUGAGCACAACGCCUCUGGUAGAUUUGUCGGAGGGAGGAGUAAGCCUUCUAGAGCUGUCGGAUUUUUUCGACGGCGUCUGAGGCGUCUUGAGAAAGAAAGGCCCAGCUAUUAGAGUCUUCUAUAGGUGUUUUGUAAGGAUUUCUCAAGAAACACCUACAGCAGGUGGGAUACUUAGAGAACGACGCGCACCUGCAGCAGGUGACGUAGAGUAGAAGGCCGUUACGAGAAGCGACGCGCGAACGACACACUCGCGAGAAGCGGCUGAUAGGCAUUUAUGUUAAAACGACUUUGCCUUAUGGCUGCAAUGAUCCCUUCGCCGACCCGCGUCGCGUACAAGCAACCACUAUCAUCCUCUCGAGUUCCGCCAUCAUCCUCUCGGCUUCCGCUGCUGCCGAUCGUCCUGCUUCUCGCCCUCUCUAUCGUGCUGCUCGCGCGCUGGCCAAUUCUGGAAGGUCACGUGGCAGGCGAAUCGGGGAUCAACGCGGUGGAUUCGAUAUUGGUGGAUCGCAGCUGGACUUCUAACGAGGAUGAAGGAGGGAAUCAGAGUGUGGGCACUCGCGGGGGGGAGGGAAAAGGCGGAGUUGAGAAAGCGGAAGAUGGCGGAACUACUGAAGGGCGCGCGAGAGGCGCGCGGGAUUCCCAAGGAGGGGACGUGGAGCAGGCGCGGGAGGAAGGGGACGCGGAGGAGGAGGAGGGGGAAGAGGAAGAGGAGGGGAAGGGAACGAGAAAAGGGAGGGGCGAUGGAGUGACGAGUAAGCGAGCGACGAGCGGAGGGGACGUAAGCAGCGAAGGGCGACGACAGGAGACGAGAGAGGAGAGGGGAAGUCAGACGACGGAUAGGGGGAAAAAGCGGAGCGAAGAGGCGGCGAAAAAAGAGGCGAAGGAUGGGAGGAGGCGGAGAAAGAAGGAGAGCGAGCUGGAGAGGAGCAAUACAGAGUCGAACGAGCAAGAGGAAAAGAUAUUUGAGGCGCCUCAGAAGGAGAGCAAGCUGGAGAGCAGCAACGCAGAGUCGAACGAGGAAAAGGAGAAUCAGAGAGAGGAUAAGAGGAAGAGGCAGAGGCGGUGUAGGGCACUAGGUGUUCCCUGCUCCUCGCACAUGUCCAAGAAAGCUAGAGUUAAACAGGCGCUCGAGACGGUGACCGUCCCGAUUAACGGCCGGAUCCUCUCGCCGUUAGAUUCGCCGGCGAUCCAGGAACUGCUGAAGCCGCGCGAAAGCGGCAGAAGGAGUUGGUGGGAGACGCGAUGGCUGCCGGUUAGCCGUCAGGAAUACUUCGAUCCAAACGGCCGGUAUCUUUUCGUCACGGGGCACCGUGAUUUUUGUGCCGGGAUUCGCCACUUUCAUCGCAGCCUGUCGUGCAGAAUCGCAGAGGCCGCGGUUCUGAAUCGCACGCUUGUACUCGAUAUGGGGUUGUGCAUUAACGGACUGCAUAACGAGGGGAAAUACCAAGUGAACCCCAUCCACGUCUACUACGACCUAAAAUCUCUUAGCGCCGUCCGCUUCACCCCCCUGCAGGGCUUUCUUGAAGAGGCCGCUAAGUGGCAGGCGGGGCUGGGGAGGCGGGAUGGGGGAGGAGAUGGGGGGAAGGUGGAAGAUGCAGGGGGAGCAGCGGAAGGGGGAGGGGCAAGCGGGGAGGCAGAGGGGAGAGGGGCGAGCGGGGGAGGAGAGGAGGAAGGCUCGUUGCGGUUUCCUGUGCGGGUGGUGCAGGGGCGAGUGAGGACAAGGAGGCUGGUGGGCGAUGACGACACUGCGCUGAUCAUCCGGGCGGUGAAUUACGGCUUUUCUGCGUGCGAGUUCAGCCCGUUCCAUUCGAAGCCACGCCAUGAGAAGGACUACCCCAUUGGGAGCAACCACAGCGCCAUCCUUCACAGGCCGGAGCUGCUAGCGCUGGCAGGGGAGAUAUCGCAGGCCAUAAACGGGGGUGACUAUGACGCCGUGCAUGUGCGGCGGGGGGAUAAGCUCAACCCCAAGCUGUGGCCGCACCUCGACAGAGACACCAGACCCCCCGCGCUCUUGAAGAAGCUCCCCCAGUUCGUUGCACCUGGACGCACUCUGUACAUCGCCACCAACGAGCAAACCCCAGGGUUCUUCAACCCUCUCCGUACCCUUUAUAAGCUGUACCGGUUAGAGGACUUCCUGGGCCUCUGGCAACCAGGCACUACAUGGUUUGACACGUAUGCGGAAAUCAUGGGGGUCUCGGAGCCUGUUUUUGACCCCUAUAUGGAGGUUGUAGUUGACUAUAGGGUGCUCAACUCUGCUCGGACUGUGGUUCGGACGUUUCCAAACCUAACGUCCGACCCUGAGGAUGGGCACCUGCGAUUGCCUCCGGAGCCUAGUGGAACUGGCUUUUUGGGUUGGUUUUGGGGGCUGUUCGGUUAUAGAAGUGAGGAUGACCGUUGAUGUGAAACCUCUGGGUUGCUUGAUUUUUUAUGCGAUACGGUAUGUAUAUCUGCUGAGGGCAUUCACUAAGC